CAACAGAGGAGACAAUAAAACUUUUGCCCUAAACAAAGAUGGCCGCCGUUGUGUAAGUGCAGUAACUCAGCUGUUUUGUAACCUCACCUGUAUGCACGUGUGUUAGAUCAUAGAGGAUUUCAGAAGGUACGGGCUGUGUAUCAAAGGGGAUCAUGGAGAAGAGCCACAAAGACCAGAUUACUACAGUGACCUUGGUGGAAAGCAGAUCGAACCCUUCGGGGGUCCAGCUGGUCAGCACCUAUCAAACCAAUCGCAUAGGAGACCCUUCCAACCUCGUGGAAUUGGCAGAGCAGGUGCAAAAGGCUGAUGACUUCAUAAGAGCAAACGCCUGCAACAAGCUGACGGUGAUAGCGGAGCAGAUCCGGGUGUUACAGGAACAAGCAAGGAGGGCAUUGGAAGAAGCCAAGAGAGAUGCAGAGUUGCACCACGCAGCGUGCAAUGUGGUAAAGAGACCCGGGAAUAUCUAUUACUUGUAUGAACGAGAGAGUGGGCAGAGGUACUUUUCCAUCCUCUCUCCAAAGGAAUGGGGAAAGAGCUGUCCACAUGAAUUCAUUGCGGCAUACAAACUUCAGCACGAUAUGUCCUGGACGCCCUUCGAGCAAAUCGAAAAACGGGACGCAGAAAUUAAUAUCAUUGAUAAACUGCUAAAUGAUCAGAUUGCCCUUCCAUCAUCAGCUGAACCCAACUUCAGAGGACUCACUUAUUAAUGUUUGGCAAAUUCUCCGUGUCCUAGUGCGCUCAGUGGACAGUCUCUGCCAUACGAACAAUUAUAAUCAACAAGGAAACUACAAUAAUUGGCUGUAUUAUGUGAUUAUAUUUGGUAUUGGUUGUUUACGGAGUUGUAUCUUUUAAGCAGUUGUGCCUUUUAUUCUAACAUUAUAAAUAACGUUCUGUGUUUUUUACUCUCCACAAAGGAGCUUGACUGUU